AUGGUUAGUCUUAAGGAUGCUUUACGAUACGUUUUCCAAGAGUCGAGUUGUUUGGGAUUGCAGCUCAAAAUGGGAGGUAAAUUUCUCCUAAGGCUAAAUAUUGGCGAGAGACCGAUAGCGAACAAGUACCGUGAGGGAAAGAUGAAAAGAACUUUGAAAAGAGAGUUAAACAGUGUUAUAGCCUUUGGCAGAUAUAAUGAUCAAGACCGAGGAUUGCAAUGGAUACCUAUUCAUCUUAGGCUCUUCGUCUGA